UAGUUUUCGUAGAUUCGCUGACGGUCAUGGGAGUGUACCUGCUCAUGCCGAACAUGUCGCGCUGUCAGGGAACGCGCUCCCAAAUCUCUGGAAAUUACAGAUGUGAUUUUAUGUGAUGUCCGGACGGAAUAAAAGCGCGCCAAAAAAACCCGGGGAAAAACCAGUUCGGCUCGGCCGCGAGUGACCGCACGCGAUGAAGAAUUUGUCGUUGAUGAUGGCGAAGUGCACAUAAACUAUGGACGGUUGUGACGGUGCUCCGUGUCGCCGGCGGUGUGUUUAAGGCGCCGGGGCGAGGCGUCAUGCGAUCUACCUGAGCCUGAUUGGUCCACCCGGAGGUCACAGGAUGCCGGUGCAGGCCGCUCAGUGGACUGAGUUUCUAUCCUGCCCCAUCUGCUACAAUGAGUUUGACGCCUGCAGCCACAAGCCCAUCAGCCUGGGCUGCUCGCACACCGUCUGCAAGACCUGCCUGCACAAACUGCACCGCAAGGCCUGUCCUUUCGACCAGACGGCCAUCAGCACCGACAUCGACGUGCUGCCUGUCAACUGUGCCCUCCUGCAGCUGGUGGGGGCGCCGGUUCCGGAGGGAGAGAUUGUGAGUGUGGGCAGUGUCGAAGACACAAGACAUUAUGAAGUGUGCAGGAUCUGUGUGGAGGAGCUGGCGCUGUAUCUCAAACCCAUCAGUGGAGGAAAAGGCGUGGUGACCCUCAGUCAGAGCACGCUCAGCAGACCCAUGCAGAGGAAGCUGGUGACCCUGGUGAACUGCCAGCUGGUGGAGGAGGAGGGCCGCAUGCGGGCGGUCCGGGCGUGCAGAUCUCUGGGUGAACGCACCGUCACCGAACUGAUCCUGCAGCACCAGAACCCACAGCAGCUCUCCGCUAACCUCUGGGCCGCCGUGCGGGCACGCGGCUGUCAGUUCCUGGGGCCUGCGAUGCAGGAGGACGCUCUGAAGCUGGUGCUGCUGGCGCUGGAGGACGGCUCGGCUCUCUCCAGGAAGGUUCUGGUGCUGUUUGUGGUGCAGAAGCUGGAGGCGCGCUUCCCUCAGGCGUCUAAGACCAGCAUCGGUCAUGUAGUUCAGCUGCUGUACCGCGCCUCCUGCUUUAAGGUGACCAAACGCGAUGAAGACUCGUCGCUCAUGCAGCUCAAGGAGGAGUUUCGCACGUACGAAGCCCUGCGGCGCGAACACGACGCUCAGAUCGUUCACAUCGCCAUGGAAGCGGGGCUGCGCAUCUCUCCGGAGCAGUGGUCCUCUCUGCUGUACGGGGAUCUCAUGCACAAAUCUCACAUGCAGUCCAUCAUAGACAAGCUUCAAUCCCCAGAAUCCUUUGCAAAGAGCGUGCAGGAGCUCACCAUAAUCCUGCAGAGAACAGGAGACCCAGCCAACCUCAACAGCCUCAGAGCUCCUCUCGAGCGUCUGGCCGGCAUCGACCACAACCCUGACGCGGCUGCUCCGUCCUGGACAGAGCUGGAGAGUGUGUUACUGGCUGUGAAGGUUGUUGUCCACGGGCUGGUGGAAUUCAUCCAGAACUUCAGCAAAAAGAGCAGCGAGAGCCCUCAGGCUCAGCCCAACAGUAAGUACAAGACGAGUAUGUGCAGGGACCUACGGCAGCAGGGCGGCUGUCCGAGAGGAGCCAGCUGUACGUUUGCCCACACACAGGAGGAGCUGGAGAAGCACAGAAUGAGGAACCGGAAAGCCAGCGGUUCGGUGAGGCCCUUCCCCUCAGUCCCCGUGGUUUUGCCCAAAACCGGCACCAAAGCGCCGGAGGUGAAGAACCACGAGAAAGAGGCGGCGGAGGACGCUUCUCCCGCUCAACUCAUCCCCAGAGGAGGAGAGCAGCAGGAGGACAAAACACCGAACGGACUGGAACAGAGUCCCAUCAGUCAGUCGUCUGCGAUCGCUUCAGGCCUGUGUACGGACGACGACUGCGGUCUCCUCAAACACGGGCCCGUCCUCACAAGAGCCCAUCCUAAGAUUUACUACUCUCAGGACCAGAGACCGUACGAGCUGUCGCCCUACCACCAACCUGCCAUUCCUCCUCACAAGUCAUGCAGCGCUCGCUUCCAUCGCUCCAGUAACGUCCCCGAGUCCAUGCUCCCCCCGUACCCGGACCAGCACCCUGUGGCCCCUGCAGACAGGUUGGGCCCCGGGCCGUACGGGGCCCCCUCCACCUACGCCCACAGCAUGUACGCCCCGGUCUACGACAGCCGGCGCGUCUGGAGGCCGCCGCUGUAUCCCAGGGACGGCGGGAGGAGUAACUCUCUCCCUCCGGAGGUUUUUCAUUCCACCGUCUACCAGCCGCCCCUCCGAGAGCGUUUCAACUCGCUGGACAGCCCCUACUGCAGCGCCGCCGAGCAGAGAGCGCCAGUGCACAGGGAAGCCUACACCCGUGUUCCUUUCGGCUACGAGGAACACUAUCGCCACAAACAGGAACAGUGGGUGCAUCACCACGGCAACAUGAGCAGGCCCUCCCAGUCGUCUCCGGUCUUCACUGUGGAUGUGUGUCCAGAGGUACAGCCCGCCGAUAUGGUGUUUCUAGAGCAUCCUGAGGGUGUAGGUGGUGGGCGUAUGACUUGUAAGUGUCAUGGUGGAGAAGAGAGUCUUGCCCACUACUCGCCCUGGUCGUGCAGCACCAUCAGCCCAUUUGAGUCAGAGCCCCACCAUUUAUCAACCCACUCCUGUUCCAAACAGCUAGAUGGGGAGAGUGGUGGAAAACGGUGGCUGCACAUGUUUGAGCCCUACAGGCGACUGAAAGACGAAGAUCCCAUCAUUCCCUUCGGAGAGGGGCCCAUCAUCUCUAAAUGGGGAGCCAUCUCUCGGGCAUCCCGCACCGGCUUUCACACCACUGACCCGGUCCAGGCCACUGCGCUGCAGGGCUGCUCUGGCACCACAUCCAUCAACUUCAGAGACUACAGCUGUCACAUCGGCCACAGUGACCUCCGAUGGGGCCCGCGUGGAUCUGAUUCUUCUAGUCACUCCAGCUUUCUAGAAAGCGAUCAGCUGGCCGUGUCAGGGCUGCAUGUAAGGCACAGCUCCUUCAGCGGCGGGUCAAAGCAGGGCACAGAUCUGCUGGGAAAGGACGGGACGGAGAGCGAGCCUGACAGAGACAUCGAGCUGGAGCUGUCCGCUUUGGACAUGGAGGACACCGAGACACAGGAAGGCAACUCUGAGGACUCUAUGGAAAUGCAAAGCCGCUCCAAGAACAGCCACCUCUCUGCAGUCUUCAUCGAUCCAAGUUCUCAGCUGGAAAACAACCUGCCUGACCGAGUGGACGCCCACCUUAUGAAGAAGAUGGCAUUCAGAAAGACCCUCUCUCCUGGAGACCUCAGUAUGGGAAAGAUGUCGAUGAGGACAUGCUCGCCCAGGCCUGGAGACCCACCACGACCCAGUCCAGGACCUGAGAUGCUGCUAAACGGGAACUGAGUCGGGCUGAAAACACCAGUCCUCCUCAUGUUCUAAUUCCAUGGGGUCAUGCCAAGAAUCCACCAUCCUCCUUAGGUAGAAGGUAGAGUUGCCCUUAUAGGAGUCAAUCGAGGCAGCGAGACGCAGCCGAAAGCCUUCUGUAUUCAUGUGUUCUCUUCAUAAGAGCUAGCUAUGCCCUGUAAUUGUAAUCACUCAUCAUCUGUUCGGAGUUGGUUUGUUUUUCUUAAUCACUGCUUGUGGAUGAAUGUCCGCGUUGAGUCACAACUCCACCUCAGGUAACUCUCGAUGUCAGCCAAUCAGAACUCUCUCCAAGCCAGGAAACCAGUUACCCAUGUCCCAUAACUAUGUACAGAAGAGACGCUUCUCACUAGCUUUUAGCACACUGAGAAAACCAUAAUCUACUGUAUGAUGAUUAUAUAGCAGAUUCUUCCAAUAUAUAUUAAGAAUAACCAAGGUGCUUGGAAUCUAUAGUACAUGCAUUAUUAUUAAUAUUAUUGCAGUGUUAGCCACUGAAAUGUUAUGUGCGUUAAUCGUUUGUUGGGCAUCAUCAUUGUUUGAAACAGCCAUUCAUUGGUCAUUGUUUAAAUGUAUGUGUGUGGAUUAUAGUAUAUAUCUGGUAUCUCUAAGAGACAUUUCACAGGUAAUCAAUAUUUUAUAGAUAUAUUUAAAAGAAACAGUUCACCCAAAAAUACGAGUUCUGUCAUUCAGUCAUCACCCUAAACACAAUAUUAUAGUGGGCCAUAUGAUUUGCGUCAUAAUGUUACGUUAUACGUUAUUUCCAAGUCUUAUGAUGCCUUAUAAUAAUUUAGCAUGUGGAAUUUGUGUAGUUAAUGGCUGCAUUGUUCGAGUCCGAGUCUAGGCCUAAAUCAUUUCGACGACUCAAGACCAGAAGUGUUGAGUCCAAGAUAAGACAAAUACCAGAUAAGAGUUGAGUCUGGGUCAAGAACUAGACCAAAAGAGGGUCAAGUCUGAGUCAGAGUAAUCUAGACUGAGACUAGAAGAGAGAUGAGUCUGGGUCUGAGACUGAGACCAGAAGAGAGAUGAGUCUGGGUCUAGACUGAGACCAGAAGAGAGAUGAGUCUGGGUCUAAACUUAGACCAGAAGAGAGAUGAGUCUGGGUCUAGACUGAGACUAGAAGAGAGAUGAGUCUGGGUCUAGACUGAGACCAGAGGAGAGUUGAGUCUGGGUCUAGACUGAGACUAGAAAAAAGAUGAGUCUGGGUCUGGACUGAGACCAGAAGAGAGAUGAGUCUGGGUCUAGACUGAGACCAGAAGAGAGAUGAGUCUGGGUCUAGACUGAGACCAGAAGAGAGAUGAGUCUGGGUCUAGACUUAGACCAGAAGAGAGAUGAGUCUGGGUCUAGACUGAGACCAGAAGAGAGAUGAGUCUGGGUCUAGACUGAGACUAGAAGAGAGAUGAGUCUGGGUCUAGACUGAGACUAGAAGAGAGAUGAGUCUGGGUCUAGACUGAGACCAGAAGAGAGAUGAGUCUGGGUCUAGACUGAGACCAGAAGAGAGAUGAGUCUGGGUCUAGACUGAGACCAGAAGAGAGUUGAGUCUGGGUCUAGACUGAGACUAGAAAAAAGAUGAGUCUGGGUCUGGACUGAGACCAGAAGAGAGAUGAGUCUGAGUCUAGACUUAGACCAGAAGAGAGAUGAGUCUGGGUCUAGACUGAGACCAGAAGAGAGAUGAGUCUGGGUCUAGACUGAGACCAGAAGAGAGAUGAGUCUGGGUCUAGACUUAGACCAGAAGAGAGAUGAGUCUGGGUCUAGACUUAGACCAGAAGAGAGGGAACAAUAGUAAUAUAAUAAAUAAAUAUAUGGUCUAAGACUUGGACUUGUGUACUAAACACAGAACUUUGGUCAUUUUUGGGUAAGCUGUGUCUUUAAUAGCUAUAAGCAAAACACAGCACAAUAGAAUUUCACAGUUCAGUCUUGAGGAUGUGGAAUUGUUGAGUGUGUAUGACACGCCUAAUACGGUGACAGUUCCUGUCUGUUGUUUACAGUAGUCAAAAGGUCACUUUAGUUUCUGCUUUUGCUGUUGUUGAUUCCUGUAGUUUCCACUUGAAGAACACUGAUGAUUAGACUGAGUUUUAGGGUUCUUUAGUUUCCAAAAGUCUUGUUUUCCUUUAUUUUAUUACAAAACAUUGCUAACUUCCAUGAAGUUGUUGUUGGGAUAUUUUCUAUCAGUUUUAAUUGUUUGGUCAGCAUUUUGAAAGUCCAAUCAACCCUACAGCAUCUACAAACCAUCACUUGUUUUUGAGGAUUAUUUCCAGCUUGAUUAAGAGAAAAACAAUCACCGUAACUCCAGAUUGCUGGUGUUUUCUGUGCACCGAAAUGUUCCUGAGAGGAGAUAAAAAACCGCAACAGCUCACAGAAAAACUCUCCUAUUUAAAAUAGCAUUUCAGUGUCUAAUUUAUGACAGGAUUGUUUUUUUUGUUUAAUGCUUUUCUCCGAUUUCUCUUCUGUUAAAUCGAUUGCCUGGACCAGUCGUGUACAUGUUUGAAUUAGUGUAUAAAUGUGCAUAUUGUCUUAAGCCUGAACAAAAUAUGAAUACGAAUGCAUUAUCACUUAAGACUGUUAGUCACGGUUUUACUUAAAACUUUUCCACUUUAAAUGAGAAGCGUGGGGUGAAUCUUCCUGGUCUCGGCUCAAGCUCUGUCUCAUUAAAACUCAUUUUGCCUCCUGCAGUCGAAGCGUUUUCCACAUGUCACGGCGGCACCUUCCAGCAAAGACUUUUUUUGCAAAAUGCUUCUUGAACGCUAUACAGAACUCCUACAGUCCUUAUAACGUCCGGAUGAUUUAGUGCACAUGUACGAAUUACGGCCUUUAUUUUUGGUUCAUCUUCUAUUCGUCGGGCCUCGUCUGAUAGGAGAGCUUCAAAAAAAAAUGGUUGGUUUCCGUUCUGAGUUUCUCUCUGUCUAUCGAAUUGCCUUUAAAAUGUCACUUUUCCUAUUUUAUCACCCGUUGCGAUGCAGCAAAGCCUUAUUAGUACACGUUUGACUCGUUUCUCUGGCCAGCUCAGCCCUGUAUCAUGCAUGCUGCCUUUGGCAAAGAGGUUCUUUGGCAAAGGAAGUAUGAUUGUGUAGUUGUGUCACACAACACCCCAGUGCUGUGAAUGUCCUGCACUGUAUCUUGCAUUUUACUCACUUCCUAUAGCACUUACCGUCCGCUUGUAUGGAUCGAUAUCGGGAUUAUGAUUGUUAUUGUUUUAUAUCCACGGUUCUCUAGUUUUUCUUUUUCCCUCGGAAAUGUCGGUUUUGUUUGCAUUUAAAUUUGACAAAUUUGCUUAGCUGUAAUAAUGGGGCAGGACGUGUUUGGUUGUGAUGACGCUUGUUCUUGUCCUGUAUGCAACUGCAAAAACGAACUGAUGUGUUGGAUAUUUUUACGUCUGUAUUAGACAUUUUAUUUGCAAAUCUAUUGUUCGAUUCAACUGUAAAUGAAUAGAAGAUGGGCAUCCGUCAUUUUAUACAACCAGAGCCAUCAUUAGAUGGACAUACUGCACAUUUUUAUGAUAUAUAAUCAGAUGUAUGAGGCUAUUUAUGGUCACAGAGAGAAAGAGUCUAAAAGUCAGGAAUAUCUUUUGAUGAAAUAGUAAAAAUUAUUUAUAUUGCAUUUGUUUCUUUUUAAAUACCACCGGGCAAAGAUUUCCCUUUUGCUUGUGGCAAUGCAAAGAAGAUUAUAUAGAAAUGUAGCCAACGCACAUUCGAUUCUUACCGGUUGUUUGUUUGUUAUUGCUCUUGUAUCUUGGCUAAGCUUGGCUCUGAUAUGUAGGGCAAGCUGGUGAGAUGAAUCUAAAGGUCAUGACAUGUAGUUGCAUGCCAAGAUAAUAAACACAGUUACAUCAUCA